CCGCUCAGCCAUUCCCUCCCUGGCAGGCUGGCAGUCGCAGCCGCCGUUGUGAGGCAUCAGCGGCGCUAUCCAGCCUCCAAGGUCCAGUCUCUCACUCUCUCCCUCGACCCUUGCACAUUCACACUCCACUCUCCUUUCUCCGCUACACUUAACCCCCUGCACUUCGCGUAGCCGUGGUCCUCCCUUACACUUCCCUUGCACUUCGCAGCCGCUGCCUUGACUCCUUUUCAGUUUUCAGCUGCUUCGUCUCCGUUGUCCCAUCAACUCUUUGAAUAUCUGCAUUUAGAAUGGAGACGUCUCAAGUAAAUUGGUUGAACUCAACUCGGACUAUAUUUAUCCUUGUAGAGAUCAGGUUCUCUCUUAUUUCAGUGAUGACAAAUUUUUGAGAUCUGACAGUUGCAAUAUCGGUCCGCAGGGUGGUUUUGACAUGAUUUGCAGUGGAAGGACAAGAUUGAAAAUCAGCAGAAGUUUCAAAACACUAGUGUUGCAGAAAUCAUUCAAUUUUCGGGUUCAGUUCUUCUCCAAUUGUUCUCCUAAGAAGCUAAGAAUGGAUAAUAAUCUUAAUUGUAGCAUUGAGGGCAACAAAAAAGGGUCUAGAGGUGCCUUGGUUGUCCUAGAAGGCUUAGAUCGUUCUGGGAAGUCCUCUCAGUGUACCAGACUAGUCAAUUAUUUGGAGGGUCAACGAAUCUCUGCUGAGUUAUGGAGAUUUCCUGACAGAAACACUGACGUUGGGAAAAUGAUAUCUGCCUAUCUUACUAACACUUCACAAUUGGAUGAUCAUACUAUUCAUCUCCUCUUCAGUGCCAAUCGUUGGGAGAAGAGGUUGCUGAUGGAAACCAAACUCAAAUCUGGAACAACCCUCGUUGUUGACCGCUAUUCGUAUUCUGGUGUGGCUUUCUCCUCUGCCAAGGGACUUGAUAUUGAGUGGUGUAAGGCUUCUGAGGUUGGGCUGCUUGCUCCGGAUCUGGUAGCUUACCUUGAUAUUUCGCCAGAGAAAGCCGCAGAAAGAGGAGGGUAUGGAGGCGAGAGAUAUGAAAAGUUGGAGUUUCAGAAGAAAGUUGCUGAAAGCUACAAAGCUAUUCAUGAUGUCUCCUGGAAGUUUGUAGAUGCUUUCCAACCCAUUGAAGAUGUGGAGAAACAGUUGCAAGAGAUAGUGAUUGAUUGUGUGACAGAGUGUCAGAAGGGGAAGAAGCCACUCUCCCUCUUGUGGUCAAAAUAGACUUGUUAUACUCUUGAAAGGGAUGUGGACAAAUAAGUGAGGAUUAAAUGACUAAUCAUGACCCUUAUACUGCUCGGUACUGUUUGUUUCAUUCCUAUUUCCUAUGUAUCAUUAGUUAGAAAUUUGUUUUCGGAUAUAUAUAGGCAAUUUGUAAUCUUGGUGAGAGCACUGUAUAAUUAAAUAACCUUUAUACUUGCACUACACUAGAGUUUCAUGGUUAUGGUAUUGAAACUUUUAUCUACCAAUUUGGCUU